UAAGGACUAAAAACCCUCCAUCCACCGCCACUUCAAACCCCUCUAUUUUCUCCCUUCCUCAGCCUCUUCCUCUUUGACUAUCCCUCUCCCCAUCUUCUCUCUCUUUCUCUCUCAAUUCUAAUCAUUUUGCAAGCUGAAUCCGAAAAAUUGGCCAGUUCAUGAUCCGAGAAGCUGGAAACCACCAUAAAAAUUCCUCCUUUCAUCCCCUCUCCAUUCAUAAAAGUCCGAUCUUUGUAUCCGCCAUGGCUAAAGAAUACAGAGCUUGGUCAUAAUAAGUUGGAUAGAAAAAAGGAGAUCUUUGAUCAUACGAAAGAUGGAUUUCAGAAGACCAAACCAUGACGAUCAUGGCAAUCAAGAGAUGAGCUCUGAUCGUCCUCCAAUUCACGAGUCAACCUUCUCCAAACCAGCGCUUCCUUCUCCCUCUUCUCUCCUGUCCGCCGGAGACGCCGGAGACCCUUCUCCGGCGUCGGUGAGUUACCGAGAAUGUCUCCGUAACCACGCGGCAAGCCUCGGAAGUCACGUCCUCGAUGGCUGCGGCGAGUUCAUGCCCGGCGCCACCGACUCCUUGAAAUGCGCCGCCUGCGGCUGCCACCGAAGCUUCCACCGCCGGGAAAGCCAAAGCUACCACCUUUUUGACCGCCGCCCCCCCAAUAACAGUUGCGGCAGAAUCCCUCUCCUCCUCUCGCCGCCGGCGCUUCAGAAACAGAUCCAAUCAUUGGGUGGCAUGGAGUCAUCGAGUGAGGAGCUCGGCCUGGCAACUCCGCCGCCGAAGAAAAGGUUCAGGACGAAAUUUACAGAGGAACAGAAGGAGAAGAUGAUGGAACUUGCAGAGAGAAUUGGGUGGAAGAUUCAGAGGCAGGAUGAUGCUAAUUUGGAGAGGUUUUUUGCUGAAAUUGGAAUUAGCAGACAAGUUUUCAAAGUUUGGAUGCAUAAUAAUAACAAGAAUUCUGUCAGAAAACAGCAUCAGUAAGAUCAGAAUCUGUGCCUGAAUCGAUUAGUGUUGCUGAACUUAUUCUCUUUGAGCAGAAUUUGGAAGAAAAAAAUCACUUUUUUUAUAUAAUUUUUGGUGCAUUAUGAGUGCUCUGACUUCUACUAAGAUGAGAUUGCUGCUAGGACUUAUUUAAUUGUUUGUUUAUAGAUAGACAAUAUAUUUUAUAAAGUGAUGAUUGAGUUGUAAGUUGCAACUCAAUAUUAUAUUUGGCAAUAAUUUUAACUCAAAAUAGAAAA